AUGACUAAUCAACAGGAUCCUUGGAAUCCGCAACAACGUCCCCUUGGACAACAGUUUAAUCGUCAACACCCACCGGUUUUACCUCCACCAGCAACAUUAGAGGCAGGUGGACAAUCAUUUUACCCUUUGCCUAGUUUACCAAGUUUAGGAAAUGGAACUGGACAUCCUCAACAUGCAUUUAGCAUUCCAUCAAUCAAUCCAGCUAGUGAACCAACACAAUUAGGACAGGUACGUAUCAAUCCCAUCCAGAGAUCUGAAUUUUUACAAAGAGAACGCCCGAUACUAACGUAUUUACAGAGUCAACCACAACAACAACAAGAUCAACCAAGGCAAACUACAGAAUUAAGACGGCCAUCAAAUGUAACAUUAAAUCCCCCACCAUCACAAUUAUCCCCAGCAACAUCUAUUGCUCCUGCACCAGCAGUUUCCGAGCAACAUGUUCAACAAGUUGGUUCACUCCCUCAACCUCCCGCAUUAGCUGGAAUUCCAAAUCGAUCAAGUACAAGUAAUGUUUACAGACCUUUAAACGUUAAGGAUGCUUUAUCUUAUUUGGAUCAAGUGAAAAUCCAAUUCUACAAUCAAGCGGAUGUUUAUAACAAUUUUCUUGAUAUUAUGAAAGAUUUCAAAUCUCAAACAAUUGAUACACCUGGCGUUAUUGACAGAGUUUCAUCAUUAUUUAGAGGGCAUCCUAAUUUAAUUCAAGGGUUUAACACGUUCUUACCCCCUGGAUAUAAAAUUGAAUGUUCUUUGGAUCCAUCUGACCCCAAUCCAAUUAGAGUUACUACACCAACUGGUACUACAACUAGACCAAACCUUGCUGCCUAUAAUCAAAGAUGGGGCAGUGAAGAAUCACCAGUACAACCACAACAACCAGUUGCAGCACCUCAAUAUCAACCAGAACCACAAAAUGUUCAAGAUUCUGCAGCAGGAGGUGGUCAGAUUGAAUUCAACCAUGCAAUUUCAUAUGUCAACAAAAUCAAAACCCGUUUUGCUAAUCAACCAGAUAUUUACAAACAAUUUCUUGAAAUUCUUCAGACUUAUCAAAGAGAACAAAAGCCAAUUGCUGAGGUAUAUGAACAAGUCACUCAUUUGUUUGCAAAUUCUCCAGAUUUAUUAGAUGACUUUAAACAAUUCUUGCCCGAUACCAGUAAUCAACAGGCUUAUCAACAACAACAACAAGCCCAAGCUCAAGCUGUACAAGAGGGUGGGUAUUAUGUCAACAAUGGUGCACAAUUGCCACCAGUUGGAAACUUUCAACCUCCAACUGGUCCAGCCGGUUUAAGUCCAUCUGCUUCACAUCAAUAUUCUCAACAAGUCACUUAUCAUUCUACAGGUAGUCCAGAACCACAAGGUGGUAUGUAUCCAAAUGAGCAACAGGUCCAAAAGAAGAAAAAAUCAAUAUCUGAACCUUAUCAUGAUUAUAACCAAGAAGCGCAAGUUUCAGGUAUUCGUUCUAGUGUCUCUGGAAAGACCGGGAAGACUCCUACUGCAGUUAGCAAAGGUGUUCCAACUCCUGUUAAUCCAACUUUAGUUCCAGGUAUUCCUGAACCAAUUCCUCCUUAUGGAGCAGCUAAGGUUUCUUCAUUCCUGGAAGAAAUUGGUUUCUUUGAUAAAGUUAAGAAGGCUAUUGGAAAUAAGCAAACUUAUGGUGAUUUCUUGAAAGUUUUGAAUUUAUUUGCUCAAGAUAUUAUUGAUAAGGAUACAUUAGUUGAAAGAGUUGAUGGUUUCCUUGGUGAUACUAAUCCAGAUUUAUUUAAUUGGUUUAAGAUGUUUGUUGGAUAUGAAGGAAAGCCUCAAAAUAUCGAGAACAUUACUUUCAAAAAGCAUCAAUUGGAACUUUCAUUGUGUAAAGCAUAUGGUCCUUCAUAUAGACAAUUGCCAAAAGCAGAAACUUAUAUGCCAUGUUCAGGUAGAGAUGAAAUGUGUUGGGAAGUUUUAAAUGAUGAAUGGGUAGGUCAUCCAACAUGGGCUUCUGAAGAUUCAGGAUUUAUUGCUCAUCGUAAGAAUCAAUAUGAAGAAAUUUUGUUUAAGAUUGAAGAAGAAAGAUUAGAAUUUGAUUAUUAUAUGGAAUCUAAUUUAAGAACUAUCCAAAUAUUAGAAACAAUCGCUAAUAGAAUCGCUAAUAUGACUCCAGAACAAAAGGCAAACUUCAAGUUACCACCUGGUUUAGGACACAAUUCCACUACUAUUUAUAAGAAAGUUAUAAGGAAGAUUUAUGAUAAGGAUCGUGGAUUUGAAGUUGUUGAGGCUUUGCAUGAAAAUCCAGCAAUUGCUGUUCCAAUUGUAUUGAAGAGAUUGAAGCAAAAGGAUGAAGAAUGGAAACGUGCACAAAGAGAAUGGAAUAAAGUCUGGAGAGAAAUGGAACAAAAGGUUUUUUAUAAGUCAUUGGACCAUCUAGGAUUAACUUUCAAACAAGCGGAUAAGAAACUUUUGACAGUGAAACAACUUGUGAGUGAAAUCAGUACUGUGAAGAUUGAACAGCAAAACAAGAGAUUACAUCCUUUGACUCCAAAGCCUCAAGAGCAAUUGAAUUAUUCUUUCAAAGAUAGUGGAAUCUUGUUUGACAUUUUAAAGCUUUCUGAUGUUUUUAUUAAUCGGUCUUCAAACUAUUCAUCUGGUGAUAGAGAGAAAUUAACUCAAUUUUUCCAAUUCUUUGUCUCGUUAUUCUUUGGUAUACCGACUGAAGUUAUUGAACAAGCAUUAAUUGAAAGAGGAAAGACCGAAAAGACUGAAGAAAUCCAAGAAGAUGCUGAAAAUACCGAUUCCAAUGCAACAUCGGAAUCUGCUUCGAAAAAGAGAUCAAGAGAAGCUGACUUACUUAAAGAUGUCUUGAAGAAACAAUCAAAAUCUAAGAAGGAAGAUCGUCCAGAUUCUCCAGGUCCUCAAACUUUAGAUGCUGCAAUUCAAGAAGUUACAGAAGAACUUGAAAGAUCUAGUGAAUUAUGGAUCAAAUCCGCAAACACCAAGUUUUCAUUAAAGGAUGAUGAAGGCUCUCAAAAGAGACGUGAUAAGUUUAACUUAUUCUGUAACACCGCAAUUUAUGUAUUUUUCCGUCAUUUGAGAACCUUAUAUGAAAGAUUGGAGGAAAUUAAAGUCAUGAAUGAAGCAGUAGGAAAAGAAAUCAGAAGCCGUAAAAAUCCACAAUUUGCUAAGGAUUUGAACUUGCUUUCACAUCAAUUGGAAGAUAUGGGUGUUGAAAUUGUGGGAAGCAAGGAUUGCUAUAAUCAAGUAUUAAGUUUGUCUGAGAGAUUGAUUGAAGGAGAUAUUGAGCAUCAAUGGUUUGAAGAAAGUUUACGUCAAGCUUAUCGUAACAAGGCAUACAAAAUCUAUACUGUUGAUAAAGUUGUUCAAGCAUUGGUGAAGUAUAUGCAUAAUUUGAUUACUGAUGCCAAGACCUCGGAAAUGAUGGUAUUGUUUGAAAAUGAUAGAGUAAAACCAACCUCCAGUGCAAAGGAUCAAAUAUUGUAUCGAAUUCAAGUGAGAUCAUUAAUGGCAACAGAUGAAAAUAUGUUCAAGAUUUCAUUUAAAGAAAGUGAUAAUUCAGCCAAUAUCCAAUUUGUUAGUUUGGAUGAUUUAACUAUUAAUGAUCAUGAGAAUUCGGAAGAACAGUACAAUUAUUACGUUACUAGUUAUGUGAUGUCUCAUCCUACUGAAGGUGUACCUGCAUCCAAGUUGAAUAUGCCAUUCUCUAGAUCAUUUAUUGAAUCAGUUGAUGAAGACAAUGUUGAAGGACGUACUACUACAGGUUUGAAGGUUUCUGUUUGUGAAAAUUCAUAUAGAUUAUUCUUUGAAGCAAAUUCCCAUGAUGAAUAUAUCACAAAGGCGGUGUACAACAAGCAACCAGAAGAUGUUAAUAAGAAGUCUGACAAGGUUGAUGAGCUCAGAAAGUUCUUGGAAGGUGAAUCUGGUUGGAAGUCUACCAUACCAGAAGACCACGAUAAGGAAACAGACGCUUUGGAAGAAGAGAUUAAGGUUUUGUAUGAGAAAGGUGCUUCAGAGUAUCAAGAUUUUGUAAAAAAGAAGGAUGCUGAGCUUAAAGCUACAGCUGAAAAAGAAGAGGCUGAUAAGGCAGCUGCAGAUGCUCAAGAUAUCGAAAUGAGAGAUGCUGAAGCUGCUAAACAAGCAGAAACGGAAACUGGAGAAAAACCUGAACCUAAAGAAGAUCAACCUCUUGCUCAAGUUCCAACGUCAGAUUCUGCCAAUCAAGAUCAAAACGAUACGGUAGUUCAAGCAGAAGUGAAUGACACAACUGUUCAACCAGAUGUUAACGAAACUACCAUUCGUCAGGAGGCCAAUGAUGAUACUACAAUUCACCAGGACGCCAACGAGACUACCCUUCCCCAAGAUGCAAAUGACACUGUACUUCAACCAGAUGCCAAUGAUACUACUGUUCAACAAGAUGCUAAUGAUACAGCUGCUGAAGUGACGACUAUUUUAAAUACUCAAGAAGCAACUGUUAUUAAAACGGAUUCCGAAUCAACUCCUGCUGCACCUUCAUCUAGUGGUUAA